AUGUCAAACCCGGUGUUUCUUAAGUGUCCUGAUAGGACUGAGUGGAAGAUAUAUUGGACUAAGCAUGAUGGUGAGAUUGGGUUCCAAAAGGGGUGGAAGGAGUUUGCCACAUACUAUUCUCUAGAUCAUGGUCACUUGCUGCUCUUUGAAUAUGAUGGAACUUCUCAUAUUGAUGUGCACAUAUUUGACAGUAGUGCCCUUGAAAUAGACUAUCCUUCCCACACUACUCAUGAUAGACUGGACAACCUUAUCUACAUUAUUGAUGAUUCUGAUGAAAGUUUGUUGGAACAAUUUUCAUGCCAAAAUGCUAGUGUGAAACUAUCCCGGUCUUCACCUCAACCUUGUAAGAAAAUGAAAAAUAGCAUAACCACAAGUGUUGUGAAAAGCCCCAACUGGGUAACUUUGUAUCAGCAUGUCCAAACUAGAAGUUCUAGCUCUCGAGAGGAAAAAUCUAUAAAGCAAAAAUUAGAUGAAAAUGAAGUUAAAGACCCUCCUAACAAUGAAUGCUCAAAAGUGGAGCAGUUAACUUCUACUGCUUUAAAGAAAGCCAUAACUUUCAAAUCUGAACACCCUUCUUUCCUGCUUGUCAUGAAGGAAUCUUUUAUUAAUGGAUAUUACCUGAAGAUCCAAGGCCUUGCUUUCAAAGUUUCCAUCUUUCGAGGUGCCGAGGAAGCAAGUUGCCCCAUUUCACAAGGUGGAAGUUCAAGUCAAAGAUGUUCACUGUUGGAAAGUCACUUCAAGUCAGAGAUCUUAACCAGAGCUCAUAAAGAAGCUGACAAAUUCAAAUCAAAAAAUCCCUUUUUCAUGGUCACUUUACAAGGGCAGGGAAACACAAUCAGAUGCCCGCUCUCUGGUGGUUGGGCCUCAUUUACAAGAGAAAAUAACCUGCAACCUGGAGAUGUUUGUAUCUUUGAGCUUGUGAAUAGAAAAGAUGCAACACUUGAUGUUCAUGUUUUUAGAAGCCGUGCACCUGAUGAAGUUGGAAUGGGACGCCGCUUUUGCAUAGUCUCCAGAGCCGCAGAGAGAGAGAGAGAAAUGGGGAACAAAGAAAAGGCUAAGGAACGAAGAGAAAAGCGAUUGCAAGAUAUACGCCACCAGAUGACGAUUCCUUAUUCUGAUCGUCAGAGGUGGUGGUCCAAGGAAACUGUUGCUGUUGUUACCGGUGGAAAUAGAGGAAUUGGGUUUGAGAUUUGUAGACAACUUGCCGUUCAUGGAUUGACUGUUAUCCUGACAUCAAGAGACUCUAAUGCUGGUGUUGAAUCAAUUAAAUUUUUGCAAGAAAGGGGUCUUAAUGUGGUUUAUCAUCAACUAGACGUAGUAGACUAUUCAUCCAUCAACCAGUUUGUGGAGUGGUUGCGGGAAAAUUAUGGUGGUUUAGAUAUUCUGGUAAACAAUGCUGGUGUUAAUUUCAAUCUUGGGUCUGAUAACUCAGUCGAAAAUGCUCGUAAGGUUAUUGAAACAAAUUAUUACGGCAUCAAGCACAUGAUUGAAGCUAUUAUUCCAUUGAUGAAGCCAUCCCUUGUUGGUGCUCGUAUUGUAAAUGUAAGCUCACGCCUUGGUCGACUAAAUGGAAGACGGAAUAGAAUCAGCAAUGUAGCCUUAAGGGAGGAACUGAGUGACGUGGAAUCCCUUUCAGAUGAACUUAUUGACAGGACUCUAUCUACUUUUCUGCAACAAGUUGAGGAUGGAACUUGGACUACAAGUGGGUGGCCUCAAGUGUAUACUGAUUACUCAGUGUCCAAACUAGCUGUUAAUGCCUAUACAAGGCUUACGGCAAGGAAGCUUUCUGAGAGACCAGAGGGUCAGAAGAUUUAUAUUAACUGCUAUUGCCCAGGUUGGGUGAAGACAGCCCUUACAGGUUAUGAAGGGAAUAACACUGUUGAGGAAGGGGCUGAUACUGGAGUGUGGCUUGCCCUUCUUUCGGACCAAUCAUUCAUGGGAAAGUUGUUCGCUGAGAGACGGGAAAUUAACUUCUAA